CUGCCUGCCUUGUUAUUGCUAAUGGCUCCAGCCUGCCCACCCCCGACCCCAGGUCCCUUUCCUGCAGAAAUUUGGGAGCCCUGGGUACCCUACAUUGUUCCCAAACUUUGUUUGGCUCCUAGCAACCUCGCCUAAAAGUGGAGAUCGGCAGCCCUCUUGUAGAGCACCAAAAAGCCUGGGUUCUAGGGACAGAGGCCUGAGCUGUGCCCCCACCCUCCAGGGAGGGCCCUUCAUGCCCUGGCUGCAGGGAGCAGUCACGUGUGGCCCCUUCAUUAGACCCUGCCAUAUAAGACAAGGGCAGGGGGUGGCUAGGAACUCUCCCAGCCAGGACCCAGCAAGCAGAGGCCAUGCUGACCGCAGUGCUGCUGAGCUGUGCCCUGCUGCUGGCACCACCUGCUGUGCAGGGGGCCCAGAUGGGCUUGGCUCCCCUGGAGGGCAUCAGAAGGCCUAACCAGGCCCUGUUCUCAGACCUCCCAGGCCUGGGCCUGCUACCCCCACUAAAGAGGACAACUACAGAACAGGCGGAGGCAGCUCAGCUGCAGGAGGCUGAAGCCUUGGCAGAGUUGCUAGACCCUGAAGGACGCGAGGCACGCUCCCCACGUCGCUGUGUACGGCUGCAAGAGUCCUGUCUGGGACACCAGGUACCAUGCUGCGACCCAUGUGCCACAUGCUACUGCCGUUUUUUCAACGCCUUCUGCUACUGCCGCAAGCUGGGUACUGCCACGAACCCCUGCAGCCGUACCUAGCUGGCGGACGUCGGGUCGGGGAUGGGACAAGGGGGCAUGAAUAAAGGAUGGGACCAACCACGAGGCUGUGGCGUUAUUUCGAAUGUGGCCGUCGGAAGGGAGACGUCAAAGCAGGGGUGGGUGUGCCGCCAAACCGAGAAACCACACACACCCCCUACCCCAGAGCCUGGGCUAAUUAACCCAUCUGAGUCACUUACCCCGUAAGCUCUUAGGGCGCCAGGUGCCACAGGCAGAAGCAGAGAAGGGCCGCGCUCCAGCCAUCCAGAAUCCCGUGCAGUAAAUGCUGGGAAGACCGGGUUGCAGCGCUGCACACAGGGGCUCUAACUCCCGGCUACAAACAAGCAUUAGACUCCAGGGCCUGCUUGCUGAUAACUCGAUGGGUGAACCCCAGCAAAGCCCGCCCUUUACAGAUCUUUAGUUUCCUCUAGAAGGGAGGCUGACUCAACAGUCUGAACUAUUUACAAGCAUAAAAAGCACCGCCCACUUUCAUCUUUACUCUG